UCCAAAGCCGGCAUCCCUAGGGCCGGCCUAUACAGAACGACGCCCUGCUUCGUCUCUGGCUGGUGAUCCCGGAUUAUUAUUCUGCGCAUCCACCGCGUCGGCUCCGAUCCCUCCGUACGUGCGCACUGCACAGUCUUUGAUUCUGAGCUCUUGUUGCUAGCAUACAUACAGUGUAUACACUCCACUGGCUAGCGGUGCCGGCCAUUAUAAAGUACCUCGCUUCGAUCGAUCCAAGCACACAGACACAGCACAAUGGCGCCCCGCCUCCUGUCGACGAUGCUCCCCUGCUGCCACUUGUUCGCGUUGCUACUACUACUAGUGUCUCUCCACGCGCCCACCGCCGCCUCGCUUUCUUUCCAAUUCGACUUCUCUACCAGCGACUACGCGUCGGAUCUCAAGUACAGCAACGACUCCUACUGGGAGAAGCCCGUGGUCGAGCUCACCAAGGGUCACAGGGGCGACAGCAUCAGUGACAGCGUCGGCCGGGUGUGGUACGCGCGGCCGGUGCCGCUCUGGGACCGCGCCACGGGCGAGCUGGCAAGCUUCGACACUGCCUUCUCCUUCCGGAUCAGGAACGACGACGGCGGCGCCAGCCCGGGCGACGGGAUGGCUUUCUUCCUCGCCUACUACCCGUCGGUCAUCCCCACCAACAGCGGCGGUGGCGGCCUCGGGCUCUUCAGCACGGGCAUCAUCAGCAACGGCAGCAGGACGGCGGCGUCUGGCGACGAGCGGCUCGUGGCGGUGGAGUUCGACACCUACUCCAAUAACCAGAAGUGGCCGGACAGCGCCCAACAACACGUCGGCAUCGACGACAACUCCAUCGUCUCCGCCGCGUCCAAGGACACGGACACCCCCGGCAGGAACCUGUCCUCGGGUUACCUGAUGAAAGCCCGCGUGAGCUACCGCAGUGACACCACGCUGCUGGCGGCCGACCUCGACGUCGGCGACGCCCACUACCACAUCAGCUACAACGUCGACCUCAAACAGGUCCUGCCUGAGAAUGUUUCCGUUGGCUUCUCUGCGGCCACGGGCGCCAGCGUCGAGCUGCACCAGCUGCUGUCCUGGUCAUUCAACUCCUCUGAUCUACUCCAAGAGGCGGCGGCGGCAGCAGCAGCAGGAGGCAAGAAACCCCAACCUCCAGGGUCGACGGAGAUCGCAUCAUCUGCUGCAGCACCUGAUCAAGCCCAUCAAGUGCCAAACUCGAGGAAGCUCCGUCGUCUCAGCCCGGAAAGGCUUGCGAUUGCGGUGCUAGCAGCGCUUCUAGCCAUGGCGAUCUUCCUGCUGAUCGCCUGCAACCUGAGGAAGCAGCAGGUUUCGCGCUGGUGCCACGGAGGCGCGGCGGAGAAACAAGACUCUGGCCCCAGGCGCUACCAGUACUGCCAACUGGUCAAGGCCACCGACAAAUUCGAUCCCAAGAGGCUUCUCGGAGAAGGGGGCUCCGGCAUAGUGUACCUUGGUGAUGACGACAAUGGCCGCAAGGUCGCGGUGAAGAAGCUGUCGUCUGUUUCCAUGGGAACGACGAGUGACGAGGAGUCUCAGAGGAGGAUGAGGAGAGAGUUUGAAACAGAGGUGAACAUCAUAAGCAGGCUACGUCACAAGAAUCUUGUGCGGCUGUUUGGGUGGUGCGACGACAGAAGCAACGGGCUCCACCUUGUUUACGAGUACAUCUCUGGAGGAAACCUGCACGAACUCCUCCACCGCCCUCGCCCUGGGACUGGGACGACGACCCCGCUUAGUUGGAACGACAGGUACAAGAUCAUAAUUGGUUUAGGGAAGGCACUACGCUAUCUACAUGGAGAACAUAGCGGCACCAAAUAUGUUGUGCACGGUGACAUCAAGCCAAACAACAUAAUGCUCGACCGGGAGCUCAACACCAAGCUUGGAGACUUUGGGCUGGCUCGGCUAGUCAGCCAAGGCACCGGACACCAAACCACCGAGGUUCCCAUGGGAACAGAGGGUUACGUCGAGCCUGAGUUCAGGGACACGGGCAGGAGGUGCGAAGGCUCGGAUGUGUACAGCUUCGGCAUUGUUUUACUGGAGAUGGUGACGGGUCACACACCACGAGUUGUGCCCUUGCAUGACUGGGUGUGCGCGCUGUAUGCCCAGAACAGAGUUGUUGAUGCUGCAGCCGAGGCGCUGAGGUCGUCGGAGGCCAGCGACGACCGGCAGAUGGAGCGCGUUCUGGUCGUCGGCCUCCAGUGCACGCAGGUGCGGGGCAAGCGGCCGGCCAUUGCAGAAGCCAUGCGCGUCCUGGAGCAUGAGGACGCGCAGCUGCCGGUUCUUUCCCCAUGCCACUGCCACCGCGCAGCGGCGGCAGCAGGGCUCGGUGGUCUCGGCGAGUCACCGAGACAGAGGCUUUGCACGGCGGCGGUUGCCACCGCCGGCGAACAGGCUUACAGCAGCACUGUGGCCACUGCUGCGGCAUCGAGCAAUGCUAAUCCGUCAUCGACUAACAGUGCCUGCAGCUACACCACGUGUUCCGUGGGAGCGCUGGUGACUACAUCUCUUGGUGUGGACCAAGGUCCAGUAGGGCGGGACAUUCGGGGCACUUGAUCUUGGCUACACAUCUUGGAUGCUGGCGGGAGUUGGAUGUCGACUGCAGAUGACCAUCACUAUUGAGUUCAUUUAAAAGAUUUGAUGGAUUUAGUUAAAACUAGACUAAAUAAUGAAGAUUUGAUCUCAACAACCCUCUAGUAGCAUGUCAUUAUGUCUUGAGCAGUUCAUCGUGGGCCUCGUACUACUAGUGUCAUCGUGUGUCAUGAGUUUCUGCCAUUUUUCAGCAUCUAUGUAUUAUCUGGAUUUUGUAAAUUAUCACUCCAAGAAUUACUGAAUGUGCCAAUGUAUCUAAUAUCCUUUUUUAUAGCAACUGUUGUACGGGUGCACCAAAUCCCACUUGAAUUUGGUCUC